AUGCUCAAGAGAGCCAAGCUCCCCUUCAGCCGCGUGCCCAGCAUCUACGCCGCCGGGCCGCUCCCCACCAUGCAGGACUGGGAGGCCCUGUGGCAGGCGUGGGACGUGGUGACGCGAGGGAUGCUCCCCGAGCAGGAGCUCAACGAGAAGCCCAUCAAGCUGCGCAACGCGUGCAUCUUCUACCUGGGCCACAUCCCGACCUUCCUGGACAUCCAGCUGACCAAGACGACGGGCGAGCCGCACACGGAGCCCGCCGGCUUCGUGUCCAUGUUCGAGCGCGGCAUCGACCCGGACGUGGACAACCCCGAGAAGUGCCACGACCACUCCCCCGUCCCCGACGAGUGGCCCCCGGUCGUCGAGAUCGCCGCGUACCAGGGCCGCGUGCGGGACCGCCUCCGCCGCCUGUACGCGGGGGGCGAUGGCGGUAGCGGCGCGAUGACGAUGAUGCCGCGAGACGUCGCGCGCGGCGUCUGGGUCGGCUUCGAGCACGAGCUCAUGCACAUCGAGACGCUGCUCUACAUGAUGCUGCAGAGCGACCGCACGCAGCCGCCGCCGCACGCCGCGACGCCUGACUUUGAGAUGAUGGCCAAGAAGGCGUUUGAGGCGCGCGUCGCAAACGAGUGGUUCGACGUGCCUGCGCAGACCAUCACCAUCGGCAUGGACGACCCCGAGGACGGCACCGACACGAGCCGUUACUUUGGCUGGGACAACGAGAAGCCCGCCCGCAAGGAGGCCGUCCACGCCUUUCAAGCCAAGGGCCGUCCCAUCACCAACGAAGAGUAUGCGCAAUACAUGUACGACACCAACGUAUCCCAGAUCCCCGCCUCUUGGUCCACCACACCGCCGCCGUCGCCGCACAACGGCUACACCAACGGCGACGUUGUCAACGGCCACGAAGCAGCCGGCAACGGCAACGGCAACGGCAACGGCAUUCCGACCAACGGCGCCAACGGACACGGCCGCUCCCUCACAGCCGGCAGCGGCGGCAGCGGCAUCCUCUCGGCGCUGCCCGAGGCCUUCCUGCGCGACAAGGCGGUGCGCACCGUCUACGGCCUCGUACCCCUGCGGCUCGCCCUCGACUGGCCCGUCUUCGCCUCGUACGACGAGCUCGCCCGCUGCGCGUCGUGGAUGGGCGGCCGCAUCCCCACGUUCGAGGAGGCGCGCAGCAUCUACGCCUACGUCGACGCCCAGACCGAGGUGUCGACGCACAGCAAGCUGGCCAACAAGGUCCCUGCCGUCAACGGGCAUCUCGUCAACGACGGCGUCGAAGAAACGCCCCCAUCCCUAACCCCCGUCGACGGCAGCUCCCCCUCCUCCGCUCAGCAGCAGCAGCAGCAGCAGCAGCAACAGGAAAAGCUGUUCGUCGACCUCGCCCGCGCCGGCGCAAACGUCGGCUUCAAGCGCUGGCACCCCGUGACCGUCACGCACCUCGGCGGGCGGCUCGCGGGCCAGGCCGGCAUGGGCGGCGUGUGGGAGUGGACCAGCUCCCCGCUGCGCCGCCACGAGGGCUUCGCGCCCAUGGCCCUCUACCCGGCCUACACGGCCGACUUCUUCGACGACAAGCACAACGUCGUGCUGGGCGGCUCCUGGGCCACGCACCCGCGCAUCGCGGGCCGCCGCAGCUUCGUCAAUUGGUACCAGCGCAACUAUCCCUACGCGUGGGUCGGCGCCCGGGUCGUGAGGGACGUCCAGUAA